UUGAAGUAUUAUAGUAGUAGUCUAUUAAGCAGUAAGUUAAUAUGUUUUGAUAUGGGACAAAAAAAUAAGAGUUACGAGUUUUCAUAAGUUAUAGUUUUAUGUUUGGCUUAAAUAAAAAAUACAGAUUUCCUUUUAAUGUUGGCAGAAAAGGUAGUUUUGGUUUCCUAGUUUGUUAUUUAACAUUUCAUUAGAAAUCUAAAGAUAAUUUAAGCUGUAUUUUUCUAAACAUAAAGACAACAUUAAGGGCUUCUGGGUAAUGAACGAUGGAGACAUAUAUGGUAGGAAGAUGUUUUGAAGUUGUAUAAAUGACCAGAAGAGUGUUUGUGUUUUGCUCUGGUAAGUGUGAAGUAAUGCUCCUAAAAAAAACCCCCGAUAUUUAUAUCAUGAUUAACGGCAUCUACAUUAUGAAUCAGGAAAGAUAUUUGGGAAUCACUGUGGAGUUAUGACUUGUUUCCUGAAGGCAAUCAUCUGAACAUCCUGGUGUGAACAAAAAGAAGGGGGAAAAUCUGCCAUCGAAUCCAUGGUAUUGUAAGGAAAGCUUUGCAAACUCAGUGGAAAAUAUUGUACUCUUGUACAAAAAUACAGUUUAUCUACCGUGGAAGCACAGUUUUUCUUGCUGUUUGUUUUGGAAGAAGUUACACAAUGAAGAGUGAGAACUUCAAAUGUAAUGAAGUAAACAAGAGGCUGCUGUAUGAUGACUUACCAAAAUGAUUUGGAUUAUUCCAUCUUGAAAAAUUCUGGUGCUAGCAACUCCCAGCUCGGCCCCUGGACCUAGCUCAAAACUCUGGAUUCAUUCUCUUCCUUCCCGUACCUCAGCCCGAGCUUUCUGUCUCCCCAAAGGGUACCACAUGAUCUUCCUCUCAAGUCCUCACUUCCUCGAAUCCCAAGAUGAAGAAACGAAGACAGAGAUUGAGACUUGUCUAGAGUAACACAAACCAAUGACAGAACCGAGGUGCAGAGAAGUCGAAGCCUGCCUGGUGUCCCAGAGAGUGGCUGCAGGUAGAGCUUGUAGCUGCUGACUUCCUGAUUAGCGCCAUCUCUGCUUCCAACUCUUACCUCUUGGUGAGUUAAUGUGGGAAAAAUCCUCGUAUUUUGAAGAUGUCUUGCAACAGUAUUGUUUCCUGUUUAAGUUACAAGUAACUUCAGUUUUUAGAGAAAAAAGAAAUUGGGUUUUUUUGUUAAAUCAUGCCAUCUGAACAGAAACAGUUAUUUUUUGAUGAAAAACAAACUAUUUUAAAAAAAGAUUAUGAUGUGAAAAAUGAGAUAGUUGAUACUAUUAGAUCAGUGCUUAGGCCAAAAAUUUCAGAAAGUCGUUUUCAUUAUGAACUAAAAAAUGUGAAAAUCGAUUUGCCGAAGAUAAAUAUUCCAAAUGAAGUCUUUUUGAAACAUGAAGUUGACAAAUACAGAAAGUUAUUUCAGCGUCAACCACAGACUGCAAGAAAAUCUAUCAGUAUAAAGACUGUAAGCUGUGUAGAGGAGUGUAUGCUGCUCCAGAAGUCUGAGAGAGUUGAAGAAGAGGGUUUAAAAAUGUCGGCAAAAAUACUCAAUUUCAACUGUUUAAAAUGCCGAGAUAGCACUCGAUAUAGCCCAAAUGAUUUACAGAAACACUUUCAGAUGUGGCACCGUGGUGAAUUACCUUCAUAUCCUUGUGAAAUGUGCAGUUUUUCAGCAAAUGACUUCCAGAUAUUUAAACAACACAGACGGACACACAGAAGCACUUUAGUAAAAUGUGACAUUUGUAACAAUGAGAAUGUGUAUACUUUAUUAGACUUGACAAAGCAUUUUACAUCCACACAUUGUGUAAAUGGUAAUUUUCAAUGUGAAAAGUGCAAAUUCUCCACCCAGGAUGUUGGCACAUUUGUUCAGCACAUUCAUAGACAUAAUGAAAUCCAUUAUAAAUGUGGUAAAUGCCAUCAUAUAUGUUUUACCAAAGGAGAGCUUCAGAAGCACCUUCACAUUCAUUCUGGUACAUUUCCCUUCACUUGUCAAUAUUGUAGCUAUGGUGCCACUAAGAGAGAGCACCUCGUAAGACAUGUUAUAACUUUGCACAAAGAACACUUAUAUGCGAAAGAGAAACUGGAAAAAGACAAAUAUGAAAAAAGGAUGACAAAGACUUCAGGACUUAAGCUGAUACUGAAAAGAUACAGAAUAGAUGCAUCAAGGAAGACAUUCUGGAAACGCAAGAAGAUCAACAAUGGAAGCGACCGAAGUAUAGAAAAAAACACUCAAGUGCUAAAAAAACUGAACAAAACACAGGCUAAAUCUGAAGACCAGAGCCAUCUUGUUCAAGAACAUUUAAAUGAAGAAAAGGACGAAAGACCACACUGUGAGAAUAACGAUAAACCUGCUGAGUUAGGGUCAGAAAAGCCAACUCUUCUGUCCACUGGGCAAUAUAAUAGAGCUGAAGAGGGAUCACAUUCGACUCUAGGUUUCUUGAAGACUGCUGUACAAGGACCUACAGUGUUGAUGGUGAAAAAUAAUAGAAUAACAAUUCCUGCUAACUACAGUGCUGAUUUUAUGGGUUUUAAGAUGGUGGAUGGAAAACAACAUAUUGUAAUAAAAUUGUUGCCUACCAGUAAACAGAAUUUAUAUUCACCAGGCUCACAGCCAGGUGCUGCAAAGGAUGGUACUGGCAAUUUGCAGCCCCAGACACUGGACACUACUGGAUUUUUAGCAGGAGUAACAACUGAGUUAAGUGACACCGUUUACAUGAAAGCAACUACUCCAUUUUCGUGCUCAUCUCCUCUACUUUCAGGGAAAGUCCUAUCAGAAAAAGAAAUGGCUUUGCUAUCUCAAACGGGUAAUAUGCUUCAAACAGUGGAUGAUGAAAAAAGCGUGUCGUCUUUGUCAGCAUCAGGAUUGGUUACAGCAUCAGUGAAUUUGGCCACAAAAGUUGAAACAAAAGAUAAUAUUGACUUAUGGGGAAGUUACAUUCCUCAGAGUCACCCUGAGAUACCAGGUGCUGCCAUUAGAAGUCCAGAUAAAGUCAACUCUGCUACCAAACAAAAUGCAUACAACAGCGGAGAUAUGCAUAACUAUUGCAUUAAUUAUGUCAGCUCUGAGUUACCUGUUGAAUCUUCCAACCACGGAUCAUUACCCUUUCAUAAUUACUCAAAAGUAAAUAAUUCUAAUAAACGUCGUAGGUUUUCAGGAACAGCGGUGUCUGAAAAAGAACCCUCAUCAAGCAAAACAGUUGUUCAACAACCAAUAAGUGAAUCGGUUUUAUCUUUGGUGCGAAAGGAGAGCUCAAAUCCAGAUAGCAUGUUAGCAUCUCUUAGCCUGUUAAAUACUAAAGAUGGAACUUUAAAAAUGCAAGCUGAAAUUGAAGAACAAUGUGUGUUAGAAAAAGGACAAAACAUUGACGGACAGAACUUCUACACUAAUGAAAAUCAAAAUUUAGAGAAUGUGACUGAAAAAUCUAAGUGGGAUGACAUUUCUAAUGUUGAGUCACCUAUGAUGCCUAGAAUCACAUCUGUUUUCUCUCUCCACAGCCAACAGGCAUCAGAAUUUUUGCCCCCUGAAGUAAACCAGUUACUUCAGGAUGGGUUAAAAACAAAAUCUGAUGUAAAACAGGACUCUAGUAAGACUCCAGAUAAAGGCCUGCCACUUCAUUGUGACCAGUCCUUUCAGAAACCUGAGGGAGAAGGCAAAAUAGUUGAAUCUUCAAAAGACUUCAAAGUACAAGGUGUCUUCCCAAUUCCAUCUGGUGGUAUAGGGAUUAAUGUGCCUAUAAAUGAUCUGAAUUUAAAGUGUAGUGGAAAAGAAAAACAAAAUCUGUCAAUAUCACAAGAUGUGAGAGAUUCAGAAAAGGCACCUAGAAUUUCAGGUAUUGGCACAUUACUUAAGACUCAGUCAGAUGCAAUAAUAACACAGCAGCUCGUAAAAGAUAAACUGCGAGCCACUACACAAAAUUUAGGUUCUUUAUAUAGGCAGAGUCCACUUCUAAAUUCAGAACCAAAAAAAGCUAUAUUUGUUCAGACUCCAAAAGGCUUUUUUGUACCACUGCACAUUGCUAACAAGCCUGGAUUACAUGUUGUUUCAGGAAGACCACUUCCAUUGGUUAACACACAAGGUGUACCUGCUUCUCUUCUUUUAAACAAGAAACCCGGGAUGAUUUUAACAUUUAAUCAUGGGAAACUUGAAGGUGUUUCCACUGUCAAAACUGAGAGUGCUCAAGCUUGUGGAACUACAGCUAAGGAGCCUUGCAGAACACCUUUUUUAAAGGUGGAACCAAACAGUAAUUGUCUGACACCUGCACUAUGUUCCAGCAUUGGCAGUUGCUUGAGCAUGAAAAGUAGUUCCGAAAAUACUCUGCCGUUAAAAGGCCCGUACAUUAUUAAAACGUCAGCAAGUUCUUCAGUGAAAGCUGUUCCUACUCCUAAUGUAGCUUCUGAGCACCAGGGCACCAAGUUGAAUAUUUUGGAAUCAGUAAAACAGCAGAAUGAGAUUUUUCCCAAACCACCUCUUUAUACCCUCUUGCCUGAUGGCAAACAAGCUGUUUUUUUAAAGUGUGUGAUGCCAAAUAAGACUGAGCUGCUUAAGCCUAAAUUAGUCCAAAAUAGUACGUAUUAUCAAAACAUACAGCCAAAGAAACCUGAAGGAACACCACAAAAAAUAUUGCUGAAAAUUUUUAACCCUGUUUUAAAUGUGACUGCUGCUAACAAUCUGUCUGUAAACAACUCUGCAUCCUCAUUGCAGAAAGACAAAGUACCAUCUAAUCAGACUACAGGAGGAGAGCAGAGAGAGCCAGAAUCUUCUAGAGAUGCCUUACCCUUCUUACUAGAUGAUAUGAUGCCAGCAAAUGAAAUUGUGAUAACUUCUACUGCGACAUGCCCAGAAUCUUCUGAGGAACCAGUGUGUUUCACUGACCGUUCAGAUACCAGGGUGUUAAGGUGUAAAACAAAUUGUACAAUUGAGAGAAGCUUCGAUAGAAAAAAGACUUCCAAAAAAAAUUUUCCAAGAAUAAAAACUCAUGUAAGAAGUAAAGAUUCUGAAACUGCCUUUGUACCUAGAAACAGGAACUGUAAACGAAAGUGUAGGGAGAGUUACCAAGAACCUCCAAGAAAAAAGGCAACAUUACAUAGAAAGUGUAAAGAAAAGGCAAAACCUGAAGCUGUCCGUGAAUCGUUUGGAUUUAGCAGACCGAGGCUUUCAAAAGAUGCAGUCAGAACUUUGCGGCUUUUCCCAUUUAGUUCCACACAGCUUGUGAAAUGUCCUAGGAGAAACCAGCCAGUUGUAGUUUUGAAUCAUCCUGAUGCAGAUGCCCCAGAAGUAGUAAGUGUAAUGAAAACUAUUGCUAAAUUUAAUGGACGUGUACUUAAGGUUUCAUUGUCAAAAAGAACUAUCGAUGCUUUACUGAAACCGGUUUGUGGUAAUGCUUCACAAACAAUUUAUGAUGAUUUUUCCAAGAGGCAUAAAACAUUUAAACCUGUUAGUUCUGUGAAAGAAAGAUUUGUGCUAAAAUUAACACUCAAAAAGAUGAGCAAAAACAAUUAUCAGAUCGUGAAAACUACCUCUGAAAAUGUUCCAAAAGCUAAAUUUAACUGUUGGUUUUGUGGUAGAGUAUUUGACAAUCAGGAUGCUUGGGCUGGUCAUGGGCAGAGACAUUUAAUGGAAGCUACUCGUGAUUGGAAUAUAUUAGAAUAAUUUACUGUAGUUACCAAGGAACAGAGAAGUAAAAGGGUCUUAGAAGAAAACAGUGGGUUGAAUUACCUUAAGGUAAUUGUCUACUUCAGUAUAUACCUAAAAUUGAACAUCGGAAAGUAGGCUGUAUUUCCAUGGGAGACUAGAAAAGUUUUAUGUGUGAUAGUUGCAAAUGCUGUCACUGGACACAUAAGCUUUGAAAGAAACUAAUCACAGCACAGAUGUACCUUGAUUUAGUUUUUUUUAAGUGUGUUGUUGGGAAGUUAGGGCUAAAGAAAAUUUUGAUAAAACAGUUUUCCCAGUUUAGUUAUUUAGGGACUCUUAGUAGAGGGUAACGGCUGACAACUGCAUUCCCUCUCUUCUUCCACCAGCCUUAGGAAUCUGAUAAGUGUAGCUCCUCUGAAGAUGGAGAGAGCUCUUUCACCAUGGAGCUGAAGGAGUUCCUCAUCAUUUGUGAAGAUACACUAAGAGAGCUUGAGUAAAGAAUUUAACUUUACAUCUGCUUGAUAGAGCUGUUUUGAAGGGUAUUAGGUUCCUUAGAGUAACUAAGUACAGUUAUACCUCUUGAUGCUUGAAGAGAGUUUUUGACAAGUACAUCUUUUUUCUCUUACGCUGUGUCCCACAUCAAGGAUUGGAAUACCCUCCCAAGGUGAUUUUCUUUUUCUAAAUGGCUGUGUCAAGCACUGUAGUAGAUGAGAAGCCUCAAAAGAAGAAUUAAACUCUCUGGGUCUAGUUUGAAGUCUAGUGAAGGAACUUGAACAUUUUUCUGAAUUUGAUGAUAAUCUCCAGUGAUUCUCUUGCACAGAACUAUGCUUAUUUGAUUUAAAUUGUUUGUCCCUCUUAAACCAAAUGGCCCAUUUUUUACUUGGUUGCCAUGCAUUUAAAAAGUGGACCAUAGACGCACUUCCAAGGGAAUGGCUUUUCUUGAAAAUAAAAAAUUAUUCUCCAGAAACCAUAUUUUGAAACAAGAUUAGCAAAGCAAAUCAGAUUUUUGCUGUUUAAUUACUGUUAGGUGUCUAAACAUGUACUCUCUGGGACAAACCAUUUUUGUUAGCACCUUUUCAGUAUGAUUGACAGCCCAAAGCAGAUUCUUUACUGUUUGUUGGCAGUUGAAAUAAAGAAGCAUUAAUAGUGGAUUCAGUGACAGUGCAUAAAAUUUCAGGACAGAUUCCUAGGGGACAUACCUAGCAGGUAGGGUUUUAAAAUGGAUAUUUUCAUGACAACGACAGAAUCAUUGACUGAAACUUCACCGUGUAAGUUUGGAUCAAAUUUUGUUGGAUCAUUGGAUAACGGAGUCCUUGUAUUACAAAUUACUGUAUAAUUUUUGUUAUAUUGUUACUACAAGUGUUACAACAUUUUCAUUGACUGAAAACUUCAGGGCUUCUUUUCUGUAUAUAAGAAAGAAUUUAAACCUGUACAUAUUUUUGUACCUUUCAGUUUGUUAUGUAAAUUUUGCACAGAAAAUUUUUGACAUAAAAAGUUUAUUUUCCUUCAGUUUAGUUCUGUGCAUGCACUAAUAAAACUGGUUGUUUAAUUUAAAAGGAAUAUGUAAGACUUUACCCAUGUCCUUUUCUUGGUUUUUAUUUUAGAUGUAGAAUUUUUUUUUUUUUUGGGUAAAUUCAUUUUUCAGGGAUUGAACACUAUUGUUAGCAAGUGCCUAAAAGAUGUGAAACAGUUUACAUAUGUCAACUGUAACAGUAGGUCCCAAAUGGGCCCAUUCCCCCAAAAGUUUUAUUUUAAAGAAAGCCAUACAUAGAUGCUUCAAGCUAUCUUGCUAUGCACAUUAUACAUGUACUUUUUUUGUGCAGUUUGUCUACUUUCCUAGUGAAGUAUUUUUUGUAUAAAACCUGUUAUAAUUGUGUUUCUUAAAUUGAGCCUAAGAAUGGAGUUGAUUGGAAAUAUACAGUAUAUAUUAAUAACGUAUAUGGUGUUUAAAGAAUGAUAAGCAUUGUUAAUUUCUGUAAUGAAAAUUUUCUUCAAUUAAAUUUAUCUUAAGUUUGUGUUUA